AUGAAUAAUGUUGCUUCCGAAAUUGAACUGGCACUCUGGAACCCACACGAUCCUCUCACUCGUGCCGAUAUUCGCCCAAGAAAGCUUGAAGUGGUUCCAGAUGAUACAAGAAAAUCAUAUGGAAGUUAUAUUGGCAUAGAUUGCGAGUAUGUGGGAGUUAGAGGAUUUAAUGGCAUUGAAAAUGAACUUGCACGAAUAUCAAUAAUAAAUUAUUAUGGUUAUGUCUUGUAUGAUGUCUUUGUACGGCCAAAGAAAAAAGUUGUGGAUUGGAGAACUUGGAUAAGUGGAGUGACUCCAGCUAAUAUGAUUGAUGCAGUUCUGUUUGAAGAGGCUCGUGGCCGUGCGGAAUUUAUGCUACAGGGCAAGAUACUUGUUGGUCAUGCUUUACAAAAUGAUUUAAAAGUGCUACGAAUACGAUAUCCACAACAAUAUAUAAGAGAUACCUCUAAUUAUGCCUAUUUUAGACAAAUAAGUGGUGGCCGUCCACCAGCGUUGAAGGCUCUUUCACAACGAUUUUUGGGUGUCAGUAUCCAAAAUGGACCACAUUGUUCAAUUGAAGACGCAAGAACAGCUAUGUUACUUUACCGAAUCUAUAAAAGAGGGUUUGAAAAUAGUAUAGUAACCCAACGACAGAGAAACAGAUAUUGA